UAGGCUGCGUUCGACCCACGGCCCCCUCGAACGACCACCCCUCCCGAACCCCACCUCUCCCUCGUGACCCCAUUUUUUCACGUAGCCGCCCCUCUUCAACCUCGUCGCCGCCGCCGUGGGAGCUGCCACGCAUGAGCUCCGGCCAGUUCGUCCACCCCCGUGGCGACGGCGACUGGCGGCGCGUGAGGCCUCGCGGGGCUGCGCUUACGGCGGACGCGGGCGUGACGCGGGGCCGCAGUAGACGCUGGAGUUUGCCAACGAGCUGCUGCUGUUGGUCAACGGGAGGAGGUCGACCGCGUCCUCCGCGCUAUGCGCUGCUGUAGUGCCUGACAGUGCUCCUCGAUCUGGAGAUGCUGCCGCCUCUGUUGAUUCAUUCCUCACUCCGUUUUACUUGUUCCUUCCUCUUGAUUUUGAUUGGAAUUGGUAAUAGUUCUGCUGCAUGAUGCGUUCGUCAGGUUCAGGUUCAGUAGGUUCAGUAGUAGUUGCAGCACUACUGAAGCACAAGAAGAAUCGACUUCUUCAGUGUUAUGCAAUUGUUGUUGUUCAACUGGAAUCCAAUAAAGCUAUGUAAUAUGAAUCUAGUGAUGUUAUAUUGCUGAGAUUAUGUUUAUUGUUCCAAUAUGCUGAGAUAUGAAUCUAGUAAUUGUUUCUUCAUAUUUAUAUAUAGCUGAAAUAAUCUUUCAUCGUCCAGAUUAUGUCGAAACGGUGAAGUUUUAUUGCUUGAAUUAUUAGUGAGAUGUAGAAAUGUUGUUCGAAAUUGUAUUAGCACCAAAAACUUUAUUGAUGCAGCCUACCUCAGAUACAAGCUACCAAACACAGUCCUGAUAGAGCAUGUCAAAACACAUACAUCACAACCAAACAACUCCACAUGCAUGUACCCAGCAUGUCUAGACUUAGCAUGUCUCAAAGAGGAACAACUAUGCUAGGGUGGGAACAGCUGCCAAACACACCCUAAAGCGCCACAUAGGAGGUACCGAAGCUCUAACCCUAACCCUAUAGCCCUCCAAUCCAAAAUAAAAAGAAAGAAGCUCCUAUAACCCUCUCUGUCCCGACCCACUAUCCGCCGCCGUCCACCCUCAAAUGGCCGCCGGCCAGUGAAGAAACAGAGACAGAGUGCAAAAAAGCGCGACUGGCCGGGAAGCAGAUCGGGGAGAGGACCAACAGCAGUAGCCGCUCAUCCCGUAUCGAUCGCCGCCGGGGGGAGGCAGGGUUGCACGGGGGUCGUCCGUAGGGGGAGGUCUUUUCAAACUCUCUCACACUUCAAAAUGGCUGUUCGCAUGUUUAGGACAAAAGUGGGUUCAUUUCAGCAUCAUGUACGUGGAUGUGUUGCUUUCAGCACGGAGCGACCAAAACUUGUUACAGUGGGAAUCGACUUUGGAUGCAAAAAUUCAAGAGUUGCAAUAAUAGACUCCUUGGUUCCACAUGUUGUUGACAGUGAAAUUGGCCGUUUCACACCAUCGUAUGUCACAUUUACACAACAGAAUUCAUAUCUACCAUAUAAAUGGAGUCUACAACACUUGGACCCUGUUGGUAACUGUGUUGCAGUUGGAGAACUGGCAAAGCGUAGAAUGUGGAGACAACCUUCAGAUGUUGUUUAUAACAUAAAAAGUUUGAUAGGAAAGCAAUUUCAGGAUCCCUCUGUCCAAGAAAUGAGGAGAAGGGUCCAUUUCAGCAUUAUUGAAGGACCUGGAGGAGAAGCUUGGGUGGGAAUCUGUGGAAUGGAGUUUUCUCCUGUUUGUAUCGCAACUGCAAUCUUCCAAAAACUGAAGCAUAUUGUUCUGAUGGACCAGUUUCAUGAUGAGCUGCAGGCAGUGAUAAGUGUGCCUGCUUUCUUUGAUGAACUGCAGAAGGAGCACAUAAAGUCAGCUGCACACAGAGCAGGCUUCAAGCUAUUGCAACUAAUAGAUGAACCAAUAGCUGCUGCGCUUUCUAGCAUAACAACUGAAGAUGGUAUUGUUGUUGUUUUUGGCAUGGGUGCCGGGUCUUAUAGUGUCACAAUCCUUCGUGUGUCUCCUGACAGAAAAAUUGAGAUCAGAACUCAAUUUGCUGACACCUCUGUUGGUGGGGAUCAGUUUGAUGACAAACUCGUGGAUUUUAUUGGUCGACAAAUACUUGAAGGUCAUUCAGUUGACAUUCGUGGAGAUAUAUAUGCUAUGAAAAUGGUUGCAGAAGCGGUGGAGCAAGCUAAGGUUGAAUUAUCAAGCAAGCCUGCGGUUACAGUUUCAGUCCCUUCCUUCAGCACAUCUGUCCCAGGACCUGUUGAUCUUAACAUUAAAAUUUCUCGCCCGCUGUUUGAGAAGUUGGUCAAGGACUUGCUAGGACAAAUUAAAGUCAAGUGUCAGAGUAUUUUGGAAGAUGCUAAGGUAUCUACCGAGGAUAUCAAGGAAAUCGUAUUGUUUGGGGGGAUGACCAGAGUUCCGAAGAUACAGGGAAUCAUUUGUGAAGUCUUUGGUCAGAACCUGAACACUAAGGUGAACCCUGAAGAAGCUGUUGUUGUAGGAUCUGCGAUUCAAGCUGCUCUCAUUCUAGAAGAUGAACAAGAGAUUAGUGAUGAUAUGAUUCCGCUCUCUAUUGGAUUUGAGUCCUCAAAAGGAAUUUUUACCAAAGUGAUUCCAAGACACAGCACCCUUCCAAUAAAACGGACAGUAAAGAUUCCUACUUGGUUGGAUUAUGGCGAGCGCAAGUGUAUCAGAAUAUUUUUCGGGGAGCAUGUGAUGGUUCAGCAUAAUAUCCUAUUGGGUGAGACACAGGUAAUCAAUAAUAGAGGCUCAUUUCAAGGUUGUGUUUAUUUUGAACUGACAUUGGAAGUUGACAAGGAUUAUGUGGUUAAAGUGAGAUGUGCUGGUGAUGAAGUGCCGUUGUCUUUCCCCAUAAACCCAAAGGACAGAUUGAAAGAGAACGUGGACAAGGCUGUCAAAAGGGCUCUACUUGACUGGACAAUGACCGGUACAGAAAUCCGUGCUAGGUUAGGAAAUCUGUCAAAGCAUACAAUGAAUACCCUUGACGAUGUCUUGUCUGUGAGGAAGGAUGAACUUCCAGAAGACCUUUGUAAGGAAGCAUUGAAUGCAUUGGCUGAUUUGCAGAAAUCGUUGGAUGGAGAUCUCGAGAUGUUGAAGGCCAAGAUGCUCUCUGCUAAGUCAGUGGAAUCAAAAAUUCUAAACUGGCUGCCACCAUCAGAAUUGCGCGACAGUGACCAUGAAGAUUAUGAAUAUAGAGAUGCGUAGAAGGGACGGUCCGCGCAUGCUGCCUUUUGUCCUAUCUUUGUUUCUAACAACCCUUUGUUGGGGUAGGAUAUGUUAAUGAAAUUUGCUUAGUCCAUGUGGGCUAGCACUUCUAUGCUUAGUAACCAUAUGAACAGUGUUUUAAUUGUGCUUAGUAGACGCCGAGGUAUCGAUUGCAAGAUGUUUAUGUAAGUAUAUUUAAGUGGUA